AUGGCUCCUCAAAUGGGAGAUUUGGAAGAACGAAAGGGUUUUGAAGUUGUGCAAGGAGGAACAGUGGUGAGUCACUUACAAUUCGCAGACAACACACUUGUGUUCUUGCAACCCCAUUCAUCUCAAAUCUCCCAUCUCAGAAAUGUGCUACUGUGGUUUGAUAUAAUUUCCGGUUUGACGGUUAAUUUUAAGAAGACUUCCAUUAUUCCAGUCGGCAAUGUUCCCCAGGUAAACUCCCUCGCUCGAUCUUUUGGCUACAGAAUUGACAAUUUCCCAUUUCCUUAUUUAGGUUUGCCUUUGGGUGAUUCCUAUAUGUCUAAAGCUAAAUGGGAUAUUGUUAUCGAGAGGGUGGAGGCGAGACUUAAUUCUUCGUCAGCAAUAUAUUUGUCUAGGGGAAGGAAGCUAGUUAUUAUUCAUGAUGUUCUUCAAGCUUUACCGGUGUACCUCAUGUCCCUGUUUGUGGCCUCGGUUUCUGUUAUUGAGAAACUAGAAUAA